CUACACCCACAGCGGACGAUGGCCAACGAUUUAAGUAGUUGAACCGCGCUUUAAAACGAACGCACUUAAGUUACAGCAGCGGUACGAGAAGCAGCGGCGUGCUUUCGCAGCAGCAGCAGCAGCAGCAAAACUUCUUCACGGCAGAGGAAGCGCAGAAGGAGCUGUGUGUGGCAGUUUCAGCUGGAAUUAUAAAAUCACUAGCACGUCUAGCAGCAGCUGAUUCCGUACACUCAUCCUGGAGUUAAAACUUUGAACGGCUUUAAAUUAAAGCGGUUUUUUAGUAUCCCGACAGCGCACAAAAAAAAACUCAACCACGAGAAGUGCUCGAAAAGACAUCACUACCUACAUACUACUAAACUACGAAAGGUGAAACGUGUGCGUCCAUGCGAGAGUGAGCGUGUGAAUAUUUGUACCGCGCGUACGGAAAAGCAGUCGAUAGUGUGUGCACAUCUUUAGCCAAUCCAAGUAGACCUGUACGGGCCAUCGACACUUCAUUUUGUGAUAGAAAUUCAACGUAGUCGGUAGCUAAAUUAAUCCUGUGAAAUCUCGCACACAGUUCUGUGGUUGUGGAAGAUACGUGUAGAAAAAUCAUUCGUUUUCAAAUAUUAUAAAAUUUUGCGUCCGAAGCAACGACCGUUUGUGAAGUGGUAUUUUGUUCAAACCGUGUUUUUUGUCGCUCUCUCUCUCGCUUUGUGUGUGAUCAUCCUCCGUAACCCGAGCGUGUGAACAAUCUCAAAAUGGCCCUCCGUGUAGUUGGUCUUCUGAUACGCCAGGAGCUGUCCAGUCUGGCUAGCAAACCGUCGGUGCGCAUGAUCAGCACCAGCCGUGGACCGAACUGUGCCAAGAUCCUGGAGCAUUCGCCGAAUGCGCACCUCAACAAGACGCUGCUGGAUCGAUACACCCGGCUAAAGUACGAUCCGAAGUACGUGCAGGCCACCUACGUUUGGAUCGACGGUACCGGUGAGAACGUGCGGCUGAAGGAUCGCGUUCUGGACUAUGUGCCGAAGAAGGCGGAGGAUGUCCCGGCCUGGCAGUAUGAUGGCAGUUCCACGUACCAGGCGCUCGGUGGUAACUCGGACAUGAAAUUGGUUCCGCGCGCCCUGUACAAGGAUCCGUUCAAGGCCGGUGAGAAUGAUGUGAUCGUGCUGUGCGAUACGUACCAGCCGGAUGGUAAGCCGACCGCUUCGAACCAUCGGGCGGCCAUGCAGGACGCGUACAACCGUACCAAGGAUCUGGAACCGUGGUUUGGUAUUGAGCAGGAGUACACCUUCCUUGACAUUGAUGGACGUCCGCUUGGAUGGCCGGUCGGUGGAUUCCCUGGACCGCAGGGUCCAUACUACUGUGCCGCCGGUGCCCAAAACGUGGUCGCGCGCGACAUUGCCGAGGCUCAUGCCGUGGCCUGUCUGUACGCUGGCGUACAGUUCGCCGGUACCAACGCGGAAGUAAUGCCGGCCCAGUGGGAGUACCAGGUCGGACCGGCCCUCGGUAUGAAGUGUGCCGAUGAUCUGUGGAUGUCGCGCUACAUUCUGUGGCGCAUCGCCGAAGACUACGGCGUGGUGGUAACGUUCGACCCGAAACCGAUGGAGGGCAACUGGAACGGUGCCGGUGGUCACUGCAACUUCUCCACGAAGCCGAUGCGCGCCGACAAUGGCAUCAAGGCGAUCGAGCAGGCGAUCGAGAAGCUGUCGAAGAAGCACGAUAAGCACAUCAAGGCGUACGAUCCGCGCGGUGGAAAGGACAACGAGCGCCGUCUGGUCGGACGGCUCGAGACGUCAUCGAUCGACAAGUUUAGCUGGGGCGUGGCCGAUCGUGGUACGUCGGUGCGCAUUCCGCGCGGUGUAGCCGACGCUAAGAAGGGCUAUCUGGAGGAUCGUCGUCCGAGCUCGAACUGUGACCCUUAUGCAGUGUGCAAUGCCAUCCUUACUACCUGCCUGUUGGACGAAUAAGCAUGGCCUGGUGCGAGCUGGAAAUGAAAGACAUUCUCUCCCUUCACCCAGUCCCAACUCCCGCUACCUUUCAGUUAACCCACCGCUGCUCGGGAACGAUGACGCAAUGAUGCCCACACAUGAAUGAACAAGCGAAACCCUCCUAUAUACACCAGCAGAAGAUGCCGGGGAUAUUGGAAAAUAACCUAACACGCAAGCAACUCUACAAAAUUACAUGUAUACGUUUUUGUUAUUUUUUUUUAAACCCUUGCUUACAACAAGGACAUUAUUAAUUGUGCAGUUAUGUUUUUAUAUGGGUCACGACUCAAGGAAAACCCAUUCAAUGUAGGAAAAGCUCCCACUAUAUGGGAGAGAAAGAGAGCCAGAGAUAGAAGUAGUAUGGAAUGCAUGCAACAUGUCAAGACUUUCACGAUGUGAACUCGAUGGACUGAUGAUGAUGACGAUGAUAAUGGCGAUAGCGUUGGGAACGUACGGGAGUGUACAUUUGUGAGUUGCUUUUUUUUAAAACGGAACCGCUUUUAUAUAGAUGUGUCGACUUUUUUUUACAAUAAUGUAAACCCGGAGGUAUUUCUAUUUUACAACACGUAGGAAGGAAUUGUACAAAGUUGAGCGAGCGCAAAGACAUGCGAAGCGGGAAAAUUUUAAGCUACUCAUCGGUGAAAAAAUGCAUAUUUUGUUUGGUUUGUUUGUAUACGGGGUAGGUGCAUUUUUAAAAAAAAGUUUUAUUUGAAAACAACAGAAACGCUACAUUUCAUCAAUGGAGCUCGUUUUUAACUCAUUGACAAACGGCGUCUUUAGAAAGGGGGGAAAAACACAGAGAAAUGAUAUUUAAUCCCAAGGGACAGCAUGUGCAUUAUUUUGAGAGAGAAAAGAGAGAGAUAAAGGGAGAUACAACUAAUAAGAACCAGAGGAAAAAAGAAACUAGCUUGAAAUGGAAGGAAGAAAUCAUCGCAAAUUCCGAUCCUCGUUAUCAAAUCGAAGGAACACUUAACGCGUGAAAAUACCACUUUCGAGCAUAACUAACAGAAAGACAUUGGAGUGAUUGUGUACGUGUGUAUGUGUGCAAGGGACAGAGAAAGAGAGAGAGAUAAAAAAGAUAAAAAUUAUCAUAGCUGUUAAAAUACUUGUUGUUUUAGAACGUAAGUCCAGUAUGAUGUGUAAGUGGUUCUAUCAGAGAAGAGAAAAAACAGAAUAUAAAACUAAAUAAAAAAAAACAUAAUCGAGUUCAGUACAUGAUCGGAAAAUGGAAAAAUUCUAAUAAUUCUAAUCAUCUAUCUAAACAGUGUUUUAAAAUCGGCAGCCAAUAAUUGACAACAUGAUAUCAAAUCGCAAAUCAAGGGUAGAUUAAAAGGAAACCAAGAAGAGAAGAUAAGCUAAUAAAAAUAUUAAUAAAAUCAAACAUUAAAUCACAGCUUCAAA